UUUCGUCGUUAUACCGAUAGUGAAAAUCUACUACAUUUUACUGUCAUCGUUUAUCCAAAUUAAAAACUUUUUUCUUUUAUCUCGACUGCAGCCGACGACUUUUUCUCGAUAAACGAAAAAGUGACACAUUCAUCUCUAGCACUUCGCCAAGUUAAACUAAGUUAUAAACUAAAUACAAAGAACAAUGGCAGGAAGAUUACCAGCAUGCGUAAUUGAUGUGGGAACCGGUUACACAAAGCUGGGAUUCGCCAAUAACAAAGAACCACAAUUUAUUAUACCUUCUGCAAUUGCGAUCAAGGAAUCGGCUCGCAUCGGUGAUCAGAGCUCCAGGCGAGUGACUAAGGGUAUUGAGGAUUUGGAUUUCUUCAUUGGUGACGAGGCUUUCGAUGCGACCGGUUACUCAGUCAAGUAUCCAGUGAGACAUGGUUUGGUCGAGGAUUGGGAUCUCAUGGAAAGGUUUUUGGAACAGUGCAUAUUUAAAUACUUGCGGGCUGAACCGGAAGACCAUCACUUCCUGUUGACAGAGCCUCCUCUGAACACUCCCGAGAACAGAGAGUACACUGCUGAGAUUAUGUUCGAGACAUUCAAUGUCCCGGGCCUCUAUAUUGCUGUUCAGGCUGUAUUGGCUUUAGCAGCAAGUUGGGCAUCCAGACCCGUAGAGGAACGAACUUUAACCGGAAUUGUCGUAGACAGUGGUGAUGGUGUCACUCACGUCAUUCCUGUUGCUGAAGGCUACGUCAUCGGUUCAUGUAUUAAACAUAUUCCAAUUGCUGGUCGCAAUAUUACUUCGUUCAUUCAAAGUCUUCUGCGUGAACGUGAAGUCGGUAUACCACCGGAACAAAGUCUAGAAACUGCCAAAGCAAUCAAAGAAAAACACUGCUACAUUUGUCCCGAUAUCGCCAAAGAAUUUGCCAAGUACGACUCGGAACCGGGAAAAUGGAUUCGCAACUAUACUGGCAUGAAUGCCGUAUCCAAACAACCCUUCAGUGUAGACGUGGGCUACGAAAGGUUUUUAGGUCCUGAGAUCUUUUUCCAUCCGGAAUUCUCAAAUCCGGAUUUUACAAUUCCACUGUCGGAAAUCGUCGACAAUGUCAUCCAAAAUUGUCCGAUUGAUGUGAGGCGACCGCUCUACAAUAAUAUCGUACUGAGUGGUGGAUCUACAAUGUUUAAAGACUUUGGUAGGAGACUGCAGCGAGAUAUCAAGCGAUCUGUAGACACACGGCUAAGAAUUAGCGAGAAUUUGAGUGAGGGACGAAUUAAGCCAAAACCAAUUGAUGUUUCAGUGAUCACGCAUCACAUGCAGCGAUACGCGGUGUGGUUCGGCGGAAGCAUGCUCGCUGGAACGCCCGAAUUCUACCAAGUCUGUCACACGAAGGCUGCCUACGAAGAAUACGGUCCCGGUAUUUGCCGUCACAAUCCAGUAUUUGGAACCAUGACAUAAUUUUGGUGCAUUUAUAUUGUUUCCCUACAUUUCCUGCAAAACACACCGCCCGCCCGCAUUUGCAUAAAUUUCGUUUAAAUCAAGAAAAACUAAAAUUGAUCCGUCAUUCCGUUGAAGUAUUUUCCUAUUUUUUUUCUUUUUUGUAUUUUAUUAAAAUUAAAUACUCUAUGUUGUCAUGUUUGUUAAUUUAAAAAAAAAAAGAAUACUUUUUCAAAAAAAAACGAAAGAAAAAAUUAUUGCUAUGAAGACAAAGCAAUAAUUCAUAAAUAAUUGUUUUUUAUAUCAGUUUUGUAGACAGGACACACAACACACAAAAGCAAAACAAAAAUAGAUAGAAAUAGAGUUGUAAAUCGGACGUUAUCGUGUAUUGUUAUUAAAAGAAAAAAUUAAAAAGAAAACUAGAAUUGAAAAUAAUAAAAUAAAAUUGAUUACCAUAAUAUUUACCUACUUCGCGCAACAAAUUAACAAAAAAAAAAUAAAAUGAAAAACAACUAAAAAACAUUAAGCAAAAAGAACAAUCCCAUAUGAAAUUAUUUGUAAUAUUGCAAUAAAGUGAUUCGAUUCGAAGAGAAGAGAAAAGACAAAAAAGAGGUCAAUCAAAAUUAAUGAAUAA